CGGAGGUUUGUUUAUAGCCGGAGCUCGCGGCUGAACUUUGCCUCAUUGGCUCGUGUUUGUUAAACGUCCCCGCGGUGUCGCCGCGUGGAAAAUUAGCAUGCCCUUCAGCGUGUCGCGCGCCUCUCCGCCCUGCUUGCUCGAGUUGAGGUGUUUACAAAAAAGUGUGUCAAGUCAAAUCAAGGUGAACGGCGUCUCGUGCUGUAGUCGCACGAUGCUCACAGCGUGCCCGCGGUGCUGAGAGGACUGAAGGGUUAAAAAAAACUUCUGUUGGUGGUCUGAACAUAAACACCAUGACAGGUGACGUGGUGGUCUGGAGGGGUCUGAUCUGGAUGAAGCAGGCGGCCAGCAGAGCCCCACACGGCGGCCUGCACGGCACCGGGAACCAGAGGCUGGUGAACUUCCAUCACGCUGCCGGAUCAGUGAGGGAGACGUUCAGCAAACAGCGAGAAGUCUGCGUCCGCAGAUCCGCAGCGGCACAGCUUCACAGAUAUUCCACUAUGGGAGCUUGUUUCAGCACCUGUUUCACUGGAGGUGUAAACGGCGGACAGACGACCUGCAGCGGGAAACCCAGCACUAAACAUCUGAAGUACCGUAAGGACUGGACACGCCAACUGUUCUGUGGACACACCAGGUUAUUUAACCAGGACAACCCCACUGUGGGACGUCUGACACAAGAGGACGUGGAUAAAGCCGGAAACGCCAAGAAAACAGACAUCAAGCAACAUAAGCAAGUGCUCAGUGACAGAGCCAGAGAGAGGAAGGUGCCUGUCACGCGGAUAGGAAGGCUGGUGAAUUUUGGAGGUCUGGCUGUUGGGCUCGGCAUUGGGGCGAUCGCUGAAGUGGCCAAGAAGAGCUUAAAACCCCAACAACAGCAAGGUGAUAAGGGAAAUAUGUUUGCUUUAUUGCUGGUUUGAGGAGUUGGACGUUUUUAGAUUUUAACUGUCAUAUUAGCGCCAUAA